GAAUCUACAUUGAUAUUUCAUCUCGCCACAUCAGCAACUUAUGAUAUAUCUUCCCACUGCAUUGACCUCCAUGUCCUCUCUGAGGUAGAUGGAUGGACUACACCGCUGUUCUUGGUUUACACAGAACCCUGUUACACCGAUCCCUGUGAUAAUCUGCUCUUGGAUUACACAGAACCCUCUUUUACAUCGAUCCCUGUGAGAAUCUAGGUCAUUUACCUGUGAGGAUUUUUAAUCGUGACCAUCACCAACACCCACCAUAAUACGAGACUGCCUAUCUAAAUCCUAAAUACCUGCGAUCCAAGCUCUCAAAACAGAAACAGUCGCCACAUCUUUACGAGUCUGUCCUGACCAGGAUUCUAACCUACGACUUCUCUAGUCUUCCACUGAGCGUAACCAGGAUUCUAACCUACGACUUCUCUAGUCUUCCACUGAGCGUGACCUGGAUUCUAACCUACGAUUUCUCUAGUCUUCCACUGAGCGUGACCUGGAUUCUAACCUACGACUUCUCUAGUCUUCCACUGAGCGUGACCUGGAUUCUAACCUACGACUUCUCUAGUCUUCCACUGAGCGUGACCAGGAUUCUAACCUACGACUUCUCUAGUCUUCCACUGAGCGUGACCAGGAUUCUAACCUACGACUUCUCUAGUCUUCCACUGAGCGUGACCAGGAUUAUAACCUACGACUUCUCUAGUCUUCCACUGAGCGUGACCAGGAUUCUAACCUACGACUUCUCUAGUCUUCCACUGAGCGUGACCUGGAUUCUAACCUACGACUUCUCUAGUCUUCCACUGAACGUGACCUGGAUUCUAACCUACGACUUCUCUAGUCUUCCACUGAGCGUGACCUGGAUUCUAACCUACGACUUCUCUAGUCUUCCACUGAGCUAGCGGUUUUUCAAAUCGCAUACUUAUUAAUAUCGAGGACAUGUUUGAAGAGGAGAGCACGUGGGAGGAUUUACCCGACAUCUUAUUGGAGGACAUAUUUACGUUGUUAGAGCCCCGUCACCGGCACGAGGCUUCACAAGUUUGCCGUCGUUGGUACGAAACCUUUUAUGCUCCAAGAGUUUGGGAACAUUUCACUCUGAAAGGAAACAUUCUGACGAAAAGACGGUUCUACAUUUACAAAGGCUAUCAACGGGAAACGUGUCCCAGGAAAACACAGAUCUGUCUGCACAGAGUGGGGUACCUCUUCAAGAAGAUCACCAUAACACCCAUCCACGACUUUCAGCAUGUGUAUGAAUUCAUCCGCAUACUCCGUGCUUAUCUGGGGUAUUUCGAAGAAUUCCCUAUGCCCCUAUUGCAUACUUUCCAUUUUACCUUCACUUGCGAAACAAGAGGGAUAACAGGUGUGAUCGUACAUGGAACCGGCGGGAAAAUGAUGGAAGAGCUUCGUCAUCUUCUGCGAAAUAUGCAGUUGUUGAAGGACCUUAAAUUGAACAGCCUCAUGCUAGACCAAGCUGAAGUAACAGGCUUGUUCGAAGCAAUUGCCAACAACUGUAGUGACACAAUUCAAACCCUGGAAAUUUUGGAUUUCACAAAAGUUCCAUAUCCUAUCCUUGACAUUACGCUAUUCAGUAACCUUAACGUUCUCAAAACGAGUCCUCAGCACCUUGAUGACGAAGUGAUCGUCAUUCUUGCGUCAUCAGGUAUUACUAAACUGCACAUCAUUCAAGGACGUUACACGUGCAGUGCGGACUCUGUCUCAGACGAAGCAUGGCGACUGCUCAAGGACAUGUCGCCAUAUUUUCGCGUUACCUUGGAAGUGCGAGGUCAUACGAAGACACCGUUGAUCCUUCAACCUCACGCCCCUGUAAACCGCAUCGUUUACGAUUCACCAAAUUUAAAACUGCCACACGAAACAGCUGUGUGGAUGGUCCACUAUUACCACGACACACUAGAGUACUUUGCCCAAAAACGACUUCCGCGAAGUCAUGGCCCUCGAACAUUUCACGACCGUGGUGAUGCCGCCUUUUUGAUGUUGGUCAGAAGCUGCCCAAAGUUACACACACUUAUCAUCAGCGAAAGGAUAUCCACGGCAACAGCCAUUCAAAUCGCAAAGAUAAAACCAUCAUUGGAAGACUACAUCGUGCGAGAAAAUGGACUUCUGAAAAGAUGUGAUGGUCCGAAAACAGACAACAGUUUCAGAGACGCGGAAAUUAGAAAAAUUGCAAGAUCGUAUGAGGCAACUCGACAGGAAAUUUCUACAACCCUAGGAAGAAGAUGGGUUCCAAUGUCAGACAGACAUUUUAAAAAAUUGUGAGUUUGGGUUGACGACGUGGCUUCAUGGUGCUUUCAACAUUUAAAAAUAUUUGUAUUUUUUGUAACUUUAUAUAUAUUUGAUAUUGUGUUUUUGUACCUUUUUUUUUUCUAAGUCGAUGUUGUAUGUUUUCAAUUGAAAUGCCAGACUGAAAAAAAUCGAGACAUUCUUUUUAUGAAAAGUAUAUUGUUAAUGGAAAGAAAACUGCUUACGUCGUGUGUGAUUCGCGUUAGCUUUUUUUCCCCUGAAAUUUCUAUCCUCACUAAAUUUUGGGGGAUUAUUCGUGGAUAUACAAAGUGGAGAAACGACAUGCGUUAGAGGACUGACAGAAUGUUGUUGUUUUUUAAAGAAUUGAUGAAAUGUACUCCCAUACAAAGCUGUAAGAUUACUGAUCGAAUUUAUGGGAUCGGCAAAUAUUAAAAAUAUUCAUAAGAUGUCAAACAUUAUUUUGAUUUGAAUCCAUCCUAAAGGAAAGCUGUAUUGCAACCAAAACAAUCAUAGCAGAACCUGACUAAGAUUUUGUCUCCGUGUUAGGGUGGAAAACUGCAGAAAACAUGUAUUAUAAACUUUGAAUACAAACAUUAACACCCAAAAAAUUGAGUUUUAUUUAAAUGUAUUUAACUCAUAUAAUCCAAACUGAAUUUGAAGGAGAAGGUAGUCAACAAAUUGGCUUGGUUAUUGAUAGCAAGUUUGUCUGUAUCCCAAAGGCCUUGUAAGCUUUAAUUAACAUUCUCAUGAAUUGUCCUACAGAUAUGAACAUGGAUGUCAUCCGAUAACAAACUAUUGAACGCGGUGGGUAUUCAUUCGACCUUGCAGCAGUACAGGGUAUACUCUAUAAUGUAUUGGUUUUGAAUAAUUGUAUAAAUUUGAAUGUGAAAUAAAUUUGCCUGAUUCAAAA